AUGCCCUUCGUCUACAGUGUGAACAACAAAGUCAUCGAGAAGCUCAACAAAGGACUAAAUGCUGGUUCCGAGAAGACGUGUAAAAAAUCAUGCAAAGCAUGCAUGCCGUGGACAUCGCUUGAAGUUUCAUGGAGCAGAUCUAAAUCUGGGACAUAUGCUUAUGCUCACAUCCAUCUAAUUGGCGAAGCGAAGCGCGGCCUGAGUCCAGAAAAGGAGCUCAACGAUAGCGAAAUGACCUUCGAUUUGGAGAUAACGGCAGAGGACAAGUUCACGAUGCAUUUCUCAGGAAGACAUGAAUUUGAUCCAAAAGGGCAGCCUGCUUGUCUAGCUAAGAAAAGUAAAAUUCGCAAACCAGAAGCAUGGAGCAUCAUGAACAAAGAACUACAUGAACUACAUGGAAAACAUCUUCUCGUCUUCAGCCUGCUUUCACGAAAUGCAACUUUUGUUUUCGAUGGGGCUGAAAUUACGGAUGAAAAACCGUCCGUGCCUUACUGUGAGCUCUUCGUCCGAUUUAACAGACCGGACUACGAUCUGCUGUAUGUUAACCCUCCACAACCGGCAACAACGACUACUACUACCACUAAAGUCACUUCAACGGGAACAAAAACAACUCCUGAAACCUCAACAUUUGCUCCUUGUCCAACAUCGGCAGCUCUAAUGACUACAACUGCUGCCAAAAACAUCUCAUCACCAUCGACAAAGUAUCCAGCGGAAAGCAAAUGCCCGGAAAAAUCCAAUCUAUGGCUUUAUGUGAUCGUGAUUGCUGUGGGUGUAAUCAUCAUUGGAAUUCUGGCAUGGUUCACAUGGAACUGGGUGGAGGUGAAUUCUGAGAAAAGGGCGGCGCGUGCAGCCAAACGUGCAAAAGACAGAGAAUGGUAUGCUGAUUACCAAGCUGAGGCAAAACUCAAAGGCAGCGAGAACAUGAAGCCGUUUGAAAUAUGGAAAGAUGAUCAAAAACUGGACCAUAAUAAGAAAUUUCUGGAUCGUCAUCCGAUUGAACAAUUGGGCGCCGCAAUGUGGAGGAAAGCGGAGAAGGAAAAAGACGACAAAAGCAAGAUGCAAUUCAUUGUAGACCAGAUUGUGCGGCUUAAGGACAAAGAGCUCUACGAUAACGAAUACUCGCCGGAACUGGCUGAAAAGGGAUAUGAAAAUGUUGGGGAGUUCGAGGAGUGGAAGAAGAAAAAGUAUAUCAAUACUUUCGCUGUGGUCGAAACUGAAAUUGAAUAUGAGAAGCCAGACAAUGUCGGGAAGGAAUUGCUUCCCGGAGCCAGCAGUGAGGAUAAGAAAAAAGCUCGACGUUAG